UUAUUCAUCAUAAUAAAUAAAUCUUUGGGCUGGAGCGAGCAGGGAUUGAGCAAGCAUGGCCUGGGGCCUCGGGGUGCUUCUUAGAAAGACUUGUGUUUUCAUACAUGGAUGCUAGAUGUGCCCAUCACCCUGUGCUCUCCCUCAUCCACCACUUUGUCACUUUAGGACCUGCCACCCGGCCCCAGCUAUCUAAGCACAUUUUUUUCAUAAUCACCCCGCCUUCCCCUUGUUGGUCCCAUGACAGGCUUGCUUUUCCACAGGCUCAUUCCUCCCUUUGGUCCUCAGGUCAGUGACCUCCCCAAGCUCCUACUUGGCGGGCUGUCCCCUCUCAGGUCAUCCCUGUAGGACACUCCUUCAGCUCACAGCAUGAGCUUCGGGAUGUAGCCACCUACCACCCACAAGGACCCAGCAUCGGGUGCCCAGUGCUGAGCCAGGCCUAGGGUGUUCUGGGUGCUUCUGAGAUUGACUUGUGAAGCACCCCUCUGUGAUUUUCCCACCACCUGGCAGACUGCUGCCCCGCCCCAUGGAGAGUUUCGGUGUCACCUCCACGCUGUCACUGGCCCAUCUGGAAGAAAAUUGAACUGGAAUCCAAGAUGGGCUGCAGGGUGAAGAGGCAGGCAUGCCCCGGACACUGACUGCAUCCGACAUGGUCACCCCGGGCAGCCUCAGCCCACCUCCCACAGAAUCCACAGAAGGAGAGCAGGCUGGGCAGCCCCUCCUGGAUGGAGCUCCAUCCUCAGCCUCUUUGGACACCCUGAUUCAGCACCUCGUGCCCACAGCCGAUUACUAUCCCGAGAAAGCCUACAUCUUCACCUUCCUGCUGAGCUCUCGUCUCUUCAUCGAGCCCCGAGAGCUCCUGGCUCGGGUGUGCCACCUGUGCAUAGAGCAGCAACAGCUGGACAAGCCGGUGCUGGACAAGGCCCGAGUCCGGAAGUUUGGUGCCAAACUGCUCCAGUUGCUAGCCGAGUGGACUGAGACCUUCCCACGGGACUUUGAAGAGGAAUCCACCAUUGGACACCUGACAGAUGUGGUGGGCCGCAUCUCCCCGUGUGAUGAGACCUAUGGGAACAGGGUGCACCAGCUCCUGCAGACUCUGCACCAGAAACUGGCGUCACUUGGCCAGGGACCAGAAGGCCUGGUGGGGGCCGACAAGCUCAUCUCCUACAGGACCAAGCCUCCAGCCUCCAUCCACAGGGAGCUCCUAGGUGUCUGCAGUGACCCCUACACGCUGGCCCAGCAACUGACCCAUGUGGAGCUGGAGCGACUAAGGCACAUUGGGCCUGAGGAGUUUGUCCAGGCUUUUGUAAACAAGGACCCCCUGGCAGGCACAAAGCCCCGCUUCAGUGACAAGACAAACAACGUGGAGGCCUACGUGAAGUGGUUCAACAGACUCUGUUACCUGGUAGCAACGGAAAUCUGCAUGCCAGCCAAGAAGAAGCAGAGAGCGCAGGUGAUCGAGUUCUUCAUUGAUGUGGCCCGAGAGUGCUUCAACAUCGGCAACUUCAACUCCCUCAUGGCCAUUAUCUCCGGCAUGAACAUGAGCCCUGUGUCCAGGCUGAAGAAGACGUGGGCCAAAGUAAAAACAGCCAAGUUCUUCAUUCUGGAGCACCAGAUGGACCCAACAGGGAAUUUCUGCAACUACAGGACAGCUCUGCGUGGGGCGGCCCACCGCUCGCUCACUGCUCACAGCAGCAGGGAGAAGAUCGUCAUCCCCUUCUUCAGCCUGCUCAUCAAGGACAUUUACUUCCUCAACGAGGGCUGCGCCAACCGCCUUCCCAAUGGGCAUGUCAACUUUGAGAAAUUUCUGGAACUGGCCAAGCAGGUUGGAGAAUUCAUUACGUGGAAACAAGUGGAAUGUCCUUUCGAGCAAGAUCCAAGCAUCACCCAUUACCUGUACACUGCCCCCAUCUUCAGCGAAGACGGUCUGUAUUUGGCUUCCUAUGAAAGCGAGAGCCCAGAGAACCAGACAGAAAAGGAGAGGUGGAAAUCUCUAAGAUCUUCUAUUCUGGGGAAGACAUGAGAAGCCCUGACGCAGAGGAAGAGGAAACAGACGAGCUGACAGAGGCAGUCCCAACCCUGUCACAGACAGCCCAAUGGGUGGAGGUUGACGCAAAGCCUCAUUACUUUGCAAACCAGAUGCUGUGGCCUGGUACCUGCCACAAAGGCCACAUGGGCACAGGAAACCUUUCAUGGGACCUCAGCCCUGGCUGACUUGGCAGGGCCUCCAAGAGCAUGGGUAACAUGCCUCGGGCAAACAUUGCCUUUAUGACCAAGUGGGUCACAUAGCCAAUCUGUCCAUUCUGGACAGGGACACAGCACUACCCGGAUGGCUGGGUGACUGCAAUCACGUGAUCUUGUUGAGUGAUGUGUGCUAUGGAGAGUAACACCACCACCGUCUGUCACCAGGUGGCUUGGGAGCCUCUGUAACUGCAACCAGCAUCACAGUGCAACAUGAGAUGUCCCUGCACCAGCUCCGAGCCCACUCUAGCCCCUGGCCUUCUGCUGAGGGGCCCCAGUCCUGUCCCUCCCAGCGGACCUGUUUCUGCAGUCACCAUUUCCUUCUGCAUCCUGCUGGUAUCAGGAUAGCCCUCUGGCGACAGCCGUGAAACAAGUCACUGAGACAAACCAGAGCCGUGGAGUCGGCAAUGUGUAUAUUACAACCUGCUGCCUAGCUCCCUUGUAAACUUUAGAGUUGGAGUAAACAUGUUUGUAUGCCCAUCCUGUA